AAGAAUUUAGUUAACGUCUUGCUGCACAUAUAACAUGUACAAGGGAAGAGAAAUUACUUACGUGCGUUUACUUUUUAGUGUGUUAUUAUCGAUGGCGGUAGCAAAGCCAAUGGAUAGCGAUGUAAUCUAUCCGCCACAAUUUACGUCCAAUCGUAUUGUCGGAGGUAGUGACGCCUCCGAUGGUCUCGCGCCUUAUCAAAUCUCUAUACAGACUUUAAAAAAUCGUCACUUUUGCGGUGGCGCCAUCAUUGAUAAAAGUUGGAUUAUUACUGCAUCGCAUUGUGUUGUUCGUCAAAAAGCCGAAAAAAUUAAAAUACUUACCGGUACUCAAGAACUUAAGAAUUGUACGGGCCGUUACUAUUUCGUUGAUCGCAUUAUAAAGCACUGCAGUUACAAUAAUCCCGCUUAUGCUAACGAUAUCGCUUUAAUACAUUUAAACGAAACCAUAGAAUUUAAUGAACAUACUCAACCUGUGGAUUUGAAUACCGCACCUUUGAAAGAGGGAGACGAACUAAUAUUAACAGGCUGGGGUACGCUGUCAUUAGGCGGCGAAGUACCAAAGAAAUUACAAACAUUAAAUGUGACAUAUGUACCGUUUGAAGAGUGCCGUGCUGCUCAUAACGAUAGUGCUUGGAUAGAUGUCGGCCAUUUAUGCACUUUCAAUGAGAAGGGUAAGGGUGCUUGCCAUGGCGACAGCGGCGGGCCUUUAGUUCAUAAUAACAAGCUGGUAGGAUUAGUUAACUGGGGACGCCCUUGUGCCAAAGGCUAUCCCGACGCUAAUGCUAAGAUUCAUUUUUAUUACGAUUUCAUUCGGACAAUUACGAAGGGUUGCACCAGCAAUAAAGUGCCGCAGACUACCGAGGAGCAAAUGACGCAUUUAAAAAAAGAGAUAGAAAUUAUUCCUAAGUAAUCACAUAACUAUCGCAUUUGUGUGUCUAAUAAUUUUAAAUUAUUAUAAUUAAUUAAUUAUAAGAUGACAUUAAUUAUUUAUUUCAUUAUACCGCCGAUUGCUGAGGAAUAAAAAUAUGCACGAUUUGUCGUUAGUGUUGUAAUAUCCGCCGACGCGCACCGAAGACAUUAUAAAGCGUAGUGCGUCUUUGCGCUUUGCUAUCUGAAAUUGUCCCGGUAACAAGAAUUAGACUGAAGAAAUAGAUACUGGCAUGUGACUAGCGUAAUAAAUUCGAUUGGUGUCUAAAAAUAAGUGACAGCCGUCUACGCAACAUGUUCAUAGCGGCGAACAAGUCUUGCACAACGUCUGGACGACAUAAACGUAACAAUAAAAAUUCAAUGCAAAAUAAAAUCCCAAGAUUCUGACAUCAUCUAAUCAAAUUGAUUUUUCCUUCUGCUUGCCUGCUGUCUUCAACACUUCAUGCCCUACGAAAAAUAAAUUAAAAGAUGAAUCUUAUAUUUAAACUCUCGGCUCGUAGUGUCGAAAAGCUGAAUUGAAAUUGGACGUGAUCUAGUUACAAAAUACUUAAAAAACGCUAAGUUACAAUUUAUUCGUCGUUAGAUAAACUUUCAUUAUUUCGCCUUCUCCAAAUCACUUCUGUCAGGGUCGAUGCUAUUAUUGUGUUGAGCGACUGCGCACUACCGAUAUUUUAUUUUUGUUUUAAUAUCAUCCUCAAGGAAUAUCUUCUACAUGUGUAAAAAAGGGAUGAUCGUCAGAGAGAAAGAAGUAGUAACGAAAGGAGAGCAGCGUGGUCGGCUUCUGGCCGAGUGAUAAAUGUGGUCGAUUUACGAACGAGCAUUUAUUGCAGCCGCGUCCAGCGGGUAUACCGAUCUGAUAAAGGCACUUCUUUUUACCCCUAACCCACAUAUAAAAUUUAAUUGGAACUCUUAUUGAAAAAUGGUAUCGAUCUGCUAAAGUGGUGCGUGAAAGGCUCAAUCUCAUCUUAAGGCAAAUGUAAUUUUUCAACUUAUCCUCUAAUAUGUUGUUUUUCGGGAAUUAUUUGCAAUGAGUCGAAGGUUGCACCAAAGUCGAUAGUUUCCUGCAGUUAUUUGUUUCAACAUCAUUUCAACAACAAAUUUUAUUCUCUGCCUCACUUGCGAUGAAAGGAUAUAUCAAGUUUGUGUGAAUUUAAGCAGCACCCA